UCUUGCUAAUAUUUUCUGUUUAACCUGCAUGUUGACAGUAUAGCCUGUCAACAAAAAUACCUCUUAUGCUCUACUUCCGCUAACCAGAUGAAUUACUAGACUCGCCCAAUAUAUGAUACAUCACAUAUCCGCAACGGUUCGAUGGACAAGAUGUACAUAGAUAGGUUAUACUUUGUCACUGAAAUGUGUCAUAAUGCUCUUGCAAAUUGUGUUGUUAACAAAAUUACAUGCCGCGUUUCGAACAAUAAGAAAAAGGUUAUAAAGGAAAUCUUAGAAUUGAGACCCCGGAUGUGUUUUUGUGGUCAAAUUAAUUAAGCAAGUAUUAUUUCCAUGGGAAAACAGUUAAAGUGAGCGAAAGAUCGAAUGCUUUAAAGGAUUGUUACGUUAGUAGCUGAACAAGAAAAUGAAAUUUAUAAAAUGUGUUGUAGUAGGAGACGGAGCUGUGGGUAAAACAUGCCUGGUGAUUAGUUACGCGAACAACGCCUUUGCAGGGGAGAACAUUCCGAGAGUGUUCGGUAACUAUUCACCUGUCGUGAUAGUAGACGGUAAGCCAUUCACCUUGGGAAUUAUGGAUACAGCGAGCGAAGUAGAGUACGAACGUCUGAGACCUCUCGCCUAUCCACAAACGGAAGUGUUCUUAAUCUGUUUCUCGCUGAUCGAGCCAGCCAGUUUUGAAAAUGUGCGACUGAAGUGGUACCCAGAAGUGAGCCACCACUGCCCCCACACGCCCAUCGUCCUAGUGGCAACAAAGCUAGAUCUCCGAGAUGAUAAGGAGACCACGGAAAAGCUCAAAGAGAUAAAGCUCUCGCCGAUCACACAUCAACAGGGCCUGGCUCUAGCUAAAGAUGUGAACGCCGUGAAGUAUUUGGAGUGUUCCGCUCUCACGCAACAGGGUCUAAAAACCGUUUUUGAAGAAGCCAUACGAGCCGCAAAUGUCCCACGAAAACACAUAAAAAACACGGGUCUUUUGUGUACACUGUUUUGAUGUCACUGCGCAUAGCAAUCAAUUUUUGUUGAAUCAGUUACUUUUGAACACUGUUUUAACCGCAAAAAUGAUGUCAAUGGCAUUGUUUUGCAGUUUUUCAAUAUUAAACAUGGAUGUUACAAGUGUAAUCGUGUCUUGGACGUUUUAAAACGCUUAGUAUUAGUAUUGCCUAUUACGCGUUCCUGCAGACUGCUGACUUUUUUUAUAUGUGUGGUUUAAGUUAUUUGUAAACACGUUAUUUAAUCGCCAUCUAUUAUUAAUGUAGAAAGGCAAGUUUUCAGUUUUACAUGUAUAUGAUUUUUUUGGUUGCUUUAAAGAUUUUAUGUGUACAUGUUUGUACACAAUUUAUCUAAAUAUCAGUAUUGAAGUAAUAUCAUAUGACCUUGUUAAUUGAAUUUAUUAAAUAAAUUUUACAUGUACAAACUUUAACAUUUUUAGCCUCAUAAGCCGGUUAAAUGAAAAUUGCAAUGGCUGAGUUUGACAUAUUGCUUUUUUAUCGGAUAGUUUUUACGUAAUGUGGUUUUCAGAAGGCUGCAUGUAAACAGCGUUCUGAGCAUGCGUCGGCGUUGAUACGCAUAACUUGUUGAUAUCUUGUCGACCGUCAUUUUCUACCAACUUUUUGGAAGAAACAACACAUGUUUUAAUUCAAAAUGUAUAGCCGACAUUUUUCACAUGGCGUCAAAGUUAUAAUAAGCCGGCGUUUGGAGGGCUAAAUAUUUAGCUAAAUUUGUUUCCAAGAUUAGACAUACACUGCUAGUGGACUGUUGAUUCGGACCUGAUGAUUAACAAGUGUGUUUAUUUAAAUAUCCCUUCGUUAUUUUAUCAAGUUACGGUAUCUGUAAAAUAAUCAUUGUACUUUCGAUGUUGUUAAGCGGUCAUUUUUCCUUUAAUUUUUAUUUGAGAAGAGUCAUUAUACAUCUAAAAUAAGUAAUCCGACUAUCAGUUUCACAAUGGCGGUCCUUUUUGUAGAACGCUGAUAAAUUGUUAUUCAAUUUCAAUUAAUGUUUAGUAAAUGGUUUGCAAAAUAUCACCAACUAUUUUCACAAAAAUCACGUGUUUGGGUUGAUUUUUGCGGUCGUUAUUUUGCCUAUUUGUGUCAAAAUCGCCGCUCUAAAGAGCGGCUUUCUUUUAUACACACCUUACACACCUUAAUUACGAAUAAUUAAUGUAUUAUAUCCGAGGACAGCUAACUUAAAGAUAAUCAGAUUUUCCGAUUAAAUAAAUGUCGUUUUUUAAAUAACAUUUUUUGGCUCGCACACAUUCAGGCACAUUUGUUAUAUAUUAUUCGCUUAAUUAAAAUGUCUAUGAUCACGUACAUUUUUCAAGAAUAUAAAAUGUAUAUAUUUAUUAGUUCAUAAUAAUGUAAUGCAUGAGUACAAGGGAGAAAACUAAGAUUGUUUGUGCUUGAUUUGUACAUUAAUUUUGCACGUUGAAAUAGUUGUUAUUUAAUAUUUUAAUAAUUCGAUGAUGCCAUACUCAUGUACAUUCGUCCUUUCUGAAAUGAAAUCACGUUUGAACAUCAUUUUGAAACUGUGUUUAUACGUUUAUUUAAUACAUUUUUAUAAUGGAACAGGCUAUGUAUUUAUAUUUAAACUUGGAAAUCCCAAAAAUUUGUUUAAACAAUUUGUUUGUCAUAAAUAUGUCGUUUAAAGUUGACAUUUAUAUUUCAUGUUAUUUUAUAUAAUAAAUAGUAAGCAGCAGCAGCGGCAACACCAUUAACAUAUGCAUGUUUUGCAGUUUUUUGAAACCGACUUAAGACGAAAUAGAAGGUGGCGCCUAGCAUUUGAGAAAAAUAUCGCAACAAUUGAGGUUGCAAAAAUGUCCAUGCCGUUCAACCUUAAAUCUUCGUAUCUUUGCCCAGGUGCUUGAUAUAAACUUGCUCAUCCAUGAAACGAUACAAUUAAUUUACAUGGUGCAAUACAUACAUAUGUAUAUGUUUUUACUUUUUGAAGCAUUUAAUAAGUAUAGAUUAUUAUGAUUAUUAUUAUUGUUUGUCUUUUUAAUUAAACAAUUUUAUAUGUUCUGAAACACACAGCUUCAAGAAAAUUUAUGUAUUUUUAUGCAUGUUUUUUCUAGAAUGGAAAAUAUAUGUUCAAAAAAUCUUUAA